UACUCUCAUACCUCCUAAACUCUCUCUCUCUCUCUCUCUCUCUCUCUCUCUCUCUCUCGCGCCAAUGGUGAAGUUCUCGAAAGAGCUUGAAGCUCAGCUCAUUCCUGAAUGGAAAGAGGCUUUCGUUAACUACUGGCAGCUGAAGAAACACGUGAAGAAGAUCAAGCUCGCCCAAAAGCCCAAGCAAGUCCAAAACGCCAACGUCGAUUUCGGCCUAUCCAUUUUCGACCCCGUUCGCGCUGUCAUCAGUAGAAUCUCCGAUCACUUCCGUAAUGCCGGACAGAAUUCAGAGGUUAUCAAGGUGAAGAGCAAGAUUACGGAAGGAGAAGAUGAUGGGGGUGAACAAGUGUAUGAAACUGAGCUUGUGCAACUGUUUUCUGAGGAGGAUGAGGUUAAGCAAUUUUUUGAGAGCUUGGAUGAGGAGCUAAAUAAGGUGAACCAGUUUUACAAGACGAGAGAGGCAGAGUUUCUGGAGAGAGGAGAUCAACUGAUCAACAAGCAGCUGCAGACUCUGAAUGAACGCAAGCAAAUCCUCAGCGACCGGCGCCGGAAAAGUCUGUCGUCGAAGUCGUCUGCCGGAUUUACCACCCCUUCCUACACGUCUUCCCCUCGGAACUCGGAUUAUUCCGAAAGCCCGACGGAAUAUUGCGAAAGCCCCAUCGAAACCCCACGGAAAGAGGAUGCAAGUGCCACGGUAGAAAAAAACGGUGUAAAUUUUGUCGUUUCGCCUAAAGAAUCGAAAGCGAAGAAGGGGAACCCGACGCGGGCGAUAUCGAUGCUCUGGAAAGAUGUACUGAAGAAUCCCAAGAAAGAAUUGGGCCCAGGAACUGAUUUCAUAAACAGGAAAAAGAACCAAUGUGCAGAAAAGAUGAUCAGGGGAGCUUUUGUGGAGCUCUACAGAGGCCUUGGGCUGUUAAAAACAUACAGCUCUUUAAAUAUGACGGCGUUUACCAAGAUACUCAAGAAAUUUGACAAGGUAUCGAACGAGCAGGCAUCAACAAUCUACCUCCAAGUAGUGAAAAGAUCUUAUUUUCUUAGUUCUGAUAAGGUGGUUAGACUAAUGGACGAAGUGGAGUCCUUAUUCACAAAGCACUUCGCCAACAACGACAGGAAAAAGGCUAUGAAGUUCCUAACACCCCACCAGCACAAAGAUUCUCACAUGCUUACCUUCUUUGUUGGAUUAUCUACAGGUUGUUUUGUAACACUAUUUAGUGUUUACGGAAUAUUAGCACAUCUGUGUGGGAUGUUCUCUCCUACAACAUCUUACAUGGAAACUGUCUACCCUGUUUUCAGCAUGUUUGCUCUGCUAAGCUUGCACUUGUUCAUGUACGGGUGCAAUCUGUUCCUGUGGAAGAGCUCCAGGAUCAACUACAACUUCAUAUUCGAGUUCCAGCCCUCCACUGCCCUCAAAUACAGAGACGCUUUCCUCAUUUGCACCUCCCUCAUGACUGCGGUGGUCGCGGCCAUGGUGAUACACCUCGUGCUGCUCUCCAAUGGCUUCUCGCCUCAACAAGUCGAUGCCAUUCCGGGAAUCCUCCUUCUGAUGUUUAUCACCCUGCUCAUCUGUCCACUGAAUGUCUUCUAUCGCCCGACUCGGUUUUGUUUCCUCCGGGUAAUACGAAACAUAGUCUUCUCUCCAUUUUACAAGGUUUUGAUGGUUGAUUUUUUCAUGGCUGACCAACUUACUAGUCAGAUUCCACUGCUAAGGUAUAUGGAGUCCACAGCAUGUUACUUCAUUGCCGGAAGUUUCAAAACACACCGGUACGAGACUUGUAAUUCCGGAAAGUUUUACAAAGAAGCGGCUUACUUCAUUUCUUUUGCGCCGUAUUUUUGGCGCGCUAUGCAGUGCGCAAGAAGAUGGUACGACGAAAGUGACACGGACCACCUGGCAAACAUGGGAAAGUACGUUUCGGCCAUGGUUGCAGCCGGGGCGAGGUUAACCUACGCCCAGCAGACCGAAAGCAAACUCUGGAUGGCUAUUGUGUUGGUCACUUCCUUGGUGGCCACAACGUAUCAGUUGUACUGGGAUUUUGUCAAGGAUUGGGGACUCCUCAACCCGAAAUCCAAAAACCCAUGGCUCAGAGACGACCUCAUUGUCAAGAACAAGAGCAUCUACUAUGUGUCAAUCGCAUUCAAUUUUGUCCUGAGAGUUGCUUGGGUGGAGACCGUGAUACUAUUCUCUAUCGGGCAGUCUGAAUCACGAUUGCUAGAGUUUUUCCUGGCUUCACUGGAGGUCAUUCGACGUGGGCACUGGAACUUCUACAGGUUGGAGAAUGAGCAUCUGAACAACGUUGGCAAGUUUAGGGCCGUGAAGGCAGUUCCUUUACCAUUCCGCGACACAGAUUCAGACUGAUGAAAGUCGUUCAAUACUUAAGCGUAAGCAUAUCCCUCUAACGAGCUGAAAUGAUGAUCAAUGCAGAAUUCUCGACGUUGCUCAACAUCAACGGGACCAAUCUGCAUUUUGCAUUAGGAACCACUUGAGAAGUUCUUAACCAUUGAUCGAAGAUACUGUCGAAAAAGUGAGCCGUGAAGUUCGCAUUGUCGCGAUCCAAGCAUUCUUGGAUGGAUAUUUAUUGUUGAUCUGUAUAUUUGGGAAUUCCUAACUCGAAUCUGAUGAUAUAAAUGUAUCUUUAUUAGUAACCUACAGUUUCUUUUGCUAAUUAAUGAGUGUUGGCAAGCUUAA